AUGAAUGAAUUUUAUGAAAAGCUAUCGAAGGGAGAUAUUGUUAGUAAUCACGUUUUAAAAGAUUUAAAUUCAAAGUUUGAAAAUGAACGCCAAAGUUAUCAACAAAAGAUGAAGAGGCUUGAAAAUCAUGUAAAAGGUCUUAAAGAUAAUUUACAUCAAAAAGAUGAAAGAAUACAAGAAUUAGAAGGUGAUAUCGAAAUGCUUGAAGCUAAAGUCGAAUACAAUAAUACUGUGAUUGAUGACCUUAAUAAUAAGAUCGAAAUGCUUGAAGUUAAUAUUGAGCGAAAGAAUACCGUGAUUUAUGAUUUUGAUAAUAACAUCGAAAUGCUUGAAGUUGACAUCGAACGAAAGAAUACAGUAAUAGACAAUCUUAAUAAUUAUAUAGAAAUGCAGAAUAAUGAUUUUGCUAUAAUUGAAGCGGAGAGUGAUCAAUAUAAAGAAAUCUUUGAAUAUCAAAAAGUUACUCUUAACUCAAGUAUUAAAAUUAAAGAUCGUGGUUAA